AUGGCGGAAGCUAGGAAACGUCCAACGACCGCGGCCACGGAAUCACCAGCUCACCCUGUGGAAAUCAAGGAGGUCGAAAUACCCCCAGGAUGGAAAUACAAAAGCUUCAAGCUUGGACCCAUCACCAUCCCUUGGUAUGCCUCACCUGAGUCGCAGUUGAUCUUGGUGUCGUUCGUAUGCUUCCUAUGUCCAGGCAUGUUCAAUGCUCUCAACGGUCUUGGUGGUGCAGGGCAAGUUAGCAGCAAUGCUUCUCUUAGUGCUGCUUCAAACUCCGCGCUCUACGCUACUUUCGCUGUUGUUGGGUUCUUCGCCGGUACUGUCACAAACACUCUCGGCAUUAGAGUUGCCCUUUCAUUUGGUGGCCUUGGAUACUGUGUCUACGUUGGUGCAUUUUUAUGCUAUAACCACACUCAAAAUUUUGGUUAUAUUGUCUUCGCCGGCUUCUUGCUUGGAUGCUGUGCAGGCAUUCUCUGGUGUGCGCAAGGUGCGAUUAUGAUGUCGUAUCCACCAGAGAGACUCAAAGGCCGGUAUAUCUCCUGGUUCUGGAUAAUUUUCAACUUGGGCGCUGUCAUCGGAAGUCUGGCUGAACUUGGCCUGAACAUCAACAAAUCAACCAAUGACACCGUCAGCAAUGCAACCUAUAUCGGCUUCUUGGUCCUCACAUUCUUCGGGGCCUGCCUAUCUUGGACAUUGGUUGAUGCUAAGCACAUCGUCCGUCGUGAUGGGUCCAAAGUUAUUCUAAUGAAACACCCAACGUGGAAGACGGAGAUUCUUGGCCUUUGGGAGACGCUUAGGAAUGACUCCUAUAUAAUACUCCUCUUUCCAAUGUUCUUCGCGUCCAACUGGUUUUACACAUACCAAUUUAACGACGUCAAUCUCGUACGGUUCAACACGCGUACUCGGGCACUUAACAACAUACUGUACUGGCUCGCUCAGAUGAUUGGGGCACUUACAUUCGGAUUUGCACUAGACACCUCUAGUAUUAGGAGGACUACGCGAGCGCUAGUUGCUUGGGUUAUUAUGCUUGUCCUCACCUUCGCGAUCUGGGGCGUAGGAUAUGCUUUCCAGAGAAAGUAUACUCGAAAGGAUACUGCACCGAAGGAUCAUUUUGUAUACGACUGGAAUUCGAAUGGCUAUAUUGGACCGAUGUUCUUGUACGUCUUUUAUGGCUUCUAUGACGCGGCAUGGCAGACGUGCGUAUAUUGGUUUAUGGGCGCCAUCACCAACAACAGUCGCAAGCUCGCCAACUUUGCAGGCUUCUAUAAAGGGAUUCAGUCAGGAGGCGCAGCUAUCAUCUGGCGAUUGGAUGGGUUGAACAGUCCUCCGCCAUAUAUGAACCUGUUCGCUUCAUGCUGGGCUCUGCUUGCCGGUAGCUUGGUCAUUGCGCUCCCGGUCAUGAUACUUAAGAUCAAGGACACUGUGCCGGUCGAGGAAGACCUCAAAUUCACUGACGAGACGAUUGAGGAAUUUAUCGGACACAGAAUCAUUCACGACUCCUCUAUACAGUAG